AUGGGAGACAUAAAACACAACACAGUAAUGGCUAGAUUUCUUGCAGAAGAAGAAAACAAGAAAAAAAUUAUGGGAUAUGGGAUAAAUAAUAGGGAUAUUACUCCAAGUGCAUUUAAUUGUUAUAAAUGUGGUAAAUCAGGACAUAAGAAAUACCAGUGCUACAUUGGACACGGAAAUAAUAAGAAAAACUUCUUACAAGGAAAUACAGGAAGGAAUUUUAAUACCGAACAAAGACAAGGCUCAUGCAGGAGGGGUUAUUCUCAUACCGGACAAGGGUUUUAUAAUGAAAGAGAACGACAAAAUAUAAAUCAAAGACGAAGAACCAAAGACAAUAUACCAAGUGCAUUUUUCUGUGGACCAUAUAAACAUGAAGAUAAGGGGAACGAUGAAAUACAAUUUUACAUCGAUUUAGGUUGUACAGAUCAUUUAAUUAAUUCUAAAGAGUAUUUUGUAGAUUAUAUACAGUUAAAGAAACCAAAGAAAAUUCUGCUGCUAAAAAUGCAGUUAGUUUGGAAGCUGUAA